AUGCAUCUGCCACAUCACCACCUGAAAUAUUGUGUGGGUGAAAAGAAAUUUGAAUUGGCUCACAUUUUGUUGGUGAGGUGUACCUAUCUGGAAUGUGGGCUGAUGAAUGAUGUUCCCACUGGAAACAGGCAGAAGGCAAGCAACUGUGCAAGUGCAUGGGAUGUUAACACAAAAUUAGCUGCAGAAAAUUUAGCUCUCCAUAAACCUACUCAUCAAGAUCAUCCUUACCAUUCUGAUCGAUGGGGAGCGGAAAAAGCCGUUGAUGGCAAAUACGACAAUCUGACAUCAGAUCCAAGUCCUUAUGUUUCUCGGCUGGCUGGGUUUUUCCUUUAUGUUUCCAACACCUCGUCAACAGCGGAUGGCCAUCUUUGUUUCCAUGAAAUACAGAAUGUGAGUGGAACCCCUUCAGAAAACCAGACGAUAAGUUGUCCUAUACAUGGGCAGUAUGUGAUAUUCUACAACGAACGAAGGACUGAUGCUAAAUAUCCUAAGUACUAUUCCAGCUAUUCUUUCAAUGAACUUUGUGAGCUGCAGGUUGUGAUCGUCCGGGUAUCUACGGAAACAAUUGUUCUUUACCCUGCCCAAAUCAUUGUCAGGAUCACAAAUGUCACAUACACUUGGGGGAAUGUUUUGGGUGUGUACCGGGAUACCAGGGAGCUCGCUGUAAUCAAUUAUGUAAUGAAGGAAGAUAUGGUCCACAGUGUUCUUUGUCCUGUGGUCACUGUAGAGAAAGAGAGUCUUGUCACCACGUUAGUGGUACUUGUUUACACGGCUGUAGUGAAGGAUUUCACGGCACUACAUGUAUGGAUGAAUGUCAAAAGGGAUAUUAUGGAGAAAAUUGCACGAAGAGGUGCAGUGAAAACUGUUUCCAUUACACGGAGUGUGAUAGAUUCUAUGGAGAAUGUAUUGGAGGUUGUAAACCAGGAUGGAAACGGCCUAAUUGUAAUAGAGUCAUUUUACAUUCAGUUUGAAGACAAACCCGGAUUUUCUGUCCUUCCCGUCAUCGGUGGAAUUCUAGCCCCUGCAAUCGCCAUCUCCAUUACAAUAGGGAUAUUUAUUUUUACACAAAGGUUAUGCAGUGAAGGCAAACAAAAUAUGAAACUGAAUUCAAAUCUACCAACAAAUAAAGGGAAGAUUGUGGAGAAUGUUAAAGAUCAAAAGCACGAAAGGGAUGAUAACACUGACGUUCAGAUACAUGUAUCACCGACAAAACACAACAAAAUAACGACACACGAUGAUACAGACGAAGAUAUAGACGACGAGGGGAAAUUGCACGAUGAUAAUCCGUAUGGUGACAUGUACUACAAUGAAGAGACACUUCCAGAUAUUUCAUUAGACAAACUCGAGGAAACGAUAGCGGGAAAAUGCAUUGAUGAUAAUGACGGAUUUAAACGAGAAUACGCGGCACUUCCGUAUGGAAAGAAAUACACAUGCGAUGCCGGAAAUCUACCAGGAAACAUAACAAAGAAUAGAUAUCAGACUUCAUUACCUUAUGACCACACUCGCGUAAAAUUGAAGAACAAUGAGUCGGACUAUAUUAAUGCAAGCUUUAUUAAUGGUUUACAGGAGGAAAAUGCAUACAUAGCAGCCCAAGGUCCCAAGCAGAAUACAGUGUCAGAUUUCUGGGCCUUGAUUUGGCAGGAAAGAGUCAAACAGAUUGUUAUGCUGACUAACCUAAGAGAAGGAAACAAGGCAAAAUGUUUCCAGUACUGGGCUGAUGUAGGAAAAUCAGUUAUUACUGGGGGAUUUUCUAUACAUACUGUCGACGAGAAAUAUUAUGCAUUCUAUGUUAUCAGAACUUUAAAAGUUAUUCAUAGAAAGUUAAAACAGAAGAAUUUAGUACAGCAUUAUCAAUUCACGGCUUGGCUGGACCACGGAAUACCAGAACCAUUCUGUCUUGUUGUAUUUCAUGAUCACGUGAGGAGAACAAGAAAUAGUAAAGAUAGGAAUCCAACUCUGGUACAUUGCAGCGCUGGGAUCGGUCGUACGGGUACUUAUAUAUCAAUUGAUGCCCUGUACAAGGUUGGUGUGAAGGAAAGGACUAUCAAUAUCGCAGAAUUCGUGAAGAGAAUGAGAGAGAAUCGAAUGAACAUGGUUCAGACAUAUGAGCAGUACAUGACCAUAUAUCUGGCACUGGAACAUGUCUUUAAAGCCUCACCGGCGAUUAUGAAGAAAAGUGAAUUCCUAACAAAAACCCAGGCCAAAAGGAAAAAUAAACCGGAAAACCAAAGUGAUCUUAGAGAAGAGUUUCAGACUCUGUUAAAAGUUCGACCUUCUUAUACAGAGAGUGAUUACAAGAUGAGCAGGCAAUCAAGCCGGGGUGAUGUGACAGUUCUUCCUCUGGACAAGUACAGUUUGUUUUUGCCGUCCAGCAUACCAAAGCGUGGAAAUUACAUAAACGCGGUUUCUCUUCCGUCUUACACCCAUGAAAACAAGUUUAUUGUCACCCAUUAUCCAACACCAGAUGACGCUGUUGAUUUCCUUCGCCUACUCAUUGAUCAUGAAUCUGAAACAGUGAUCUCCAUGGAACCCCUGAGUGAUGUUAAAUCAAGCGAAGCAUGGUUACCAGACUCCGCUGGAUCUAAAUGGGUAUCGCCCUUUACAGUUCUAUAUCAAAAAGAAGACUUGACAAGUGUAAAGUGUACCACAAUUCAUAUUAUUAAAAAGGGGCAAGAAAAUUACCACGCUGUUGAGGUUAUUGAGCCUACCUUCAGCAUACAAUCCAAAGGGCAAUGUGCCAAACAGCUGCUUGAAAUGGUCUCCUCAAUCUUAGGGAAUGGGAAAGAAGGACCAGUCACGGUAAUAAGCAGUGACGGUGCAGCAUUAUGUGGAAUGUUAUGUGCUGUAUACAAUGUCGUGCAACAGCUGUCAAUGGAUGAUGAAAUCGAUAUUUUUACCGCUGUCCGGCAGUUACAAAUAAGACGUCCUGAGCUAUGCUCUACCUGGACAGAGUACAAGAUAAUCUAUACAGCUGUAAUGGAGUAUAUUCAGACACAGGAAGAAGAAAUAGGGGGCGCCAUCUACUCUAAUCAAUGAAUAGCAGAACUAUAAAUAUAUAUUGUAGAAAUAAUGAAGAUUUCUUAUAAAUUAAUUUCUGUCAAGAUGGGCAAGGCUAAUUAGGAUAAAUCAAGAAAACAAGAGACAUGUGCUCUUUGAACAUAUAUGGAAUAAUCCAAAGAUUAAAAUUAAUAAUUAAUCUUUCUUUUAGAAAAACUAUUUUAAUGAAGGCAUUGUUUUUCUUAUUGACCUCUUUAAUAAUGAGGGUAGUUUCAUAAGUUUCGACUCCUUAAUAAACUUAAAAGUGAAAACAAAUUUUAUUGAAUAUAAUGGUCUUGGGACAGCAGUGAUAGAUAAACUGAAAAAUAUAAACAAUAGUGAAAUUAAAAAUAUAAAGUCAAUUGGACCACACAUUCUAAAUUCCAUUUUUGUGUAUUAUAAACAUGAUAAAGGUUGUAAGGACAUGUAUAAUAUAUUUAUAAGUAAAAAGAAAGAGCCAGUCAACUCGCUCAAAAAAUGGAGAGAAAAUAGUGUCUUCCUUUGUGAAGCAAACUGGAAUAAAAUAUUUGAACUUCCUUUUAAAAUAACACAAGAAUCUAAAUUUUAAUGGCUACAAUUUCAAAUAUUACAUAGAAUCAUCCCAACUAAUCAUUAUCUAUUUAGACUUAAAUUGAUUGAUUCUCCAGCAUAUAGUUUCUGCAGAAGUGACAUAGAAACAAUUGAUCACUUAUUUGUAAAAUGUUUUUAUGUAAAAGAACUCUGGUGUACCAUUGAAGAAUGGAUUUUAAAUAAGUUAAAUAUCCAUUGUAGUUUGGAUAGACAAGCAAUACAAUUUGGUAAAUAUGAAAAUAGGAAUGUUUAUAAAUUGCAAAACAUUUUAAUACUUAUUGUAAAACAAUUUAUUUUUGUUAGUAAAUAUAAGAAGGUUCCAAGAAUAAAUGUUGACGCUAUAUUAAAGGGAAUCAAAGAUAGAAUUUUUAUUGAAAAAAGUUUUGUUGUUCAAAAGUUGUACAGUACCAACCAGACCCAACCUGACA